UUUGUCUUGCACUCUUCCCCCGCUGUCUAGGAAUCAUGGCGGAAUGUAAAAAGUCUACCUCAUGUCCGUCUCCAGCUUCAGAAAUGACCUCUCUCGCUAGAGCUUUGUCGCAUUCAAGGUUGAGUCAACCUGAUCAGUCUGUGAUCAAGUCGCAUACUUCUGUUUACCGGAGCAAUGUGGUGCAGCCAGGCCGACGGAGGAGGUUGUCGAGCAGCAACAGUGUUGAGUCUCUGGAUGUGAGCCCUUGUGCUGAAGCGCGAGUCUUGGUCAUCAACACCGGAGGAACUAUCGGGAUGAUGUACCAUAAUAACGUGCUGUCCCCAGAGCCUAAUGCGUUUGUGAAGGCCCUGCGAAAGCUUCCCAUCCUCCAUGAUGAGCAGUAUGCCCUGCAGACCCGUAUGUACGACUACUACAGCACGAGUGGCCCACAGGAGAACACCCUUGUCCUGCCGAUGCCGACAGACCUCGCUGAUGAACUAUCAAAAAGGCUGUGCAAACAAAAUAAGAGGAUAGUGUACACUGUUUUAGAGUACAGCCCCUUGCUGGACUCUUGCAAUAUGACCACAGAUGACUGGGCCACAAUUGGGAAGGACAUUGAGAAACACUAUGAGAAGUAUGACGGUUUUGUCAUUCUCCACGGCACGGACACCAUGGCCUACACAGCAUCCGCUCUGUCCUUCAUGUGUGAGCAUCUAGGGAAGCCUGUCAUCCUCACCGGCUCCCAGGUGCCGAUCUAUGAGAUGAGGAACGAUGGAAGAGACAACCUGUUGGGGGCGCUGCUGAUCGCUGGUCAGUUUGUCAUUCCUGAGGUUUGUCUGUAUUUCCACAACAAGCUGUACCGGGGCAACCGUGUGACCAAGGUGGAUUCUGGGAGUUUCAAUGCCUUCAAUUCUCCUAACCUGGCUCCUCUGGCCAAUGCUGAAGUGGAUAUUAAAAUUAACUGGGACACGGUGUGGAGAGCAAACACAACAUCGCGGUUCAGAGUGAGCACUCAGAUGAACCGUAACGUGGGUCUGCUGAGACUCUUCCCAGGCAUCACUGCGAUGACCGUGAAGUCCUUCCUGCAGGCGCCCAUGGAGGCCAUCGUCCUGGAGACGUAUGGUAGUGGAAACGCCCCUGACAACCGUGCUGACCUGCUUGAGGAGUUCCGGAAUGCCACAGAGAGGGGCGUGAUCAUAGUCAACUGCACCCAGUGUCUGAGGGGUUCUGUCACCACAUCGUACGCCACUGGAAAGGCCUUGAGUGACGCAGGACUGGUGGCAGGCUGUGAUAUGACUCCUGAGGCUGCCCUGUGCAAGCUGUCCUACGUGCUGGCCAGGACGGACCUCAGCAUAGAGGCCAAAAGAAAGAUGCUGAGUCAGAACCUGCGGGGAGAGAUGAUCGCUGACCUGCAGGGGGCCAAGCUCACUCUGAGUGACAGUCGCUUCAUCCAGGUCAUCGCCAAGUCCCUGAGCAUCAGCUGUAAGGAGGAGCUAGAAGCCGUCCGGGAUGCUCUGACACCCACCUUAGCUUGUGCCGCUUCUAAGAUAGGAGACUUGGAGGCCUUGGAUGCCAUAAAGGAGAUGGGCAGUAACUUAAGUCUGGGGGAUUAUGAUGGACGUACCCCUCUGCACAUCGCUUCCUGUGAGGGCCACCUCAAUGUGGUGCAGUAUCUACUGAGCCAGGGCGCCACUGUCUACGCCAAAGAUCGCUAUGGGGACACACCCCUGCGCAAUGCUGUGCGCUUCAGACACAAAGAGGUGGUGAAGCUGCUGAGAAAGACUGGAGCUCAUUUCUCCAGGGAUGAGUUGGAGGAUGCCGGCUCAGAGCUGUGCAGUCUGGCAGCCAGUGCUGACAUCAAGGGCCUGGAGAUGUGGCACCUGGCCGGGGGAGACCUGGACACGCCAGGCUACGACGGGCAGACGCCGAUGGAGGUGGCUAAGGCUGUGGGGAAUGAAGUUGUGAUUGACUUCAUACACCAGGUCAGCCAGUCCCACGCCCAGGUAAGAGAUGGACUAUCAUCUAGCGUUACUGUUCUCCUCUGUGCUCCUCCAACAGCAUUCAUCUCUGCUUCAAUUAAGAGAGCUUAUCUCUCUGACCUGAGCUCACUGAAAUCAAACAAAGUGAAUAAUAUUUUACUGUAUCGGUCUUUGUCAGUUUAUAUUGUCUGACGAACCUAAACCAGUUCAGCACACUGUAUUAUCCACUUUUUUUCUAUCUUCAACUUGUCACUAUUUCCUGUUUAUUAAAAACCUCCUAGUCACCACUGUUUUUCCUCAUCAGUCAGAUGUAAGUAAAGAGGUAAUCCAUCUUCGGUCAUUUUACUUUUCAUCGUGAGAAUGAGUCUCAUCUCAUCCCUGUAUUCACAGAUUUGAUUGAGUUUUUAUAGAUGUUUAUCAGAUUAGCAAUAUAUUUACUAAAACAUUACUAUGAUCCCAUGCGUGUGAAUGAAUGGUGUGGCAUGAAGCAUCCAAGAGGUAGCCUAUACAUUGGAUUUGACAUGUAAAACCAUGUAGGCUACAGAAUAGGGACGUCGUUUCAACUUUGCCAUGUGCUCCAAUUACAUGUUUUGUUUUGCUUACUUCCAGCCUCUGUUUAAAGAUGAUGCUGAGGUAAGUCUAGAAUGGCCACAGCUAGCUCUAUGGAUUCUCCUAUGCUUGGUGGUUGUACCUGUGUCUCCUCUCAUCGUAUGGUGAUGUGUUGCAUCUGAGUAUGACCUACAUGAGUACCACUCGUUGUAGCCUGGCCUGAACAGGUGUUUUUAAAAUGGCUGCCUGGUUUUGAUUAGACAGUGACACAUACCUUUGCAGUUGUAGUCUGCCUGGCUUUGGUGAUUUGUUCCUGUGAUGGCCUCUAAGCUGUGUUGUCUGGUAUGAUGACCACCUGGUGAGAUGUUUACUCUGAGAUAAUUAUGUUGAUUAGUAGUAGAGAUUGCAAAGAAAGCCUUCAUUUGAUGUCAUUACUGCUGCUCUUUGUAUUGAACAGCACUGCUUGAAAUUCAGCUCUUAACUGUUCUCCCCUUGUGUGUGUUUCAGAAUGGAGAAUACAUUGAGUUCUCAGCCUGUCCAAAAGAAUCCUGAAAACUAAGACCCUCAACUCUUACCUUUCCAUUUUACUCUCUUACACUGGAUAUUUGCACAAGCUUGCAGAUUAACAGUUUUUAUUUAGAUUCAUCCAAACAUUUACAAUUGAUAUGUUUGCGUUAAUCUCAUAUACAGUUGGUAAACUGUAGUUGUAAAAGCACAAGUAGCACAACAUUGGAUGUUAAGUAAUAUGGAUGCUCUGUGCCUAUAACAGGCAGCACUAUAUCUGUUUGUUUUGUAUGUACCACAGUAUAUGAUGUAUGUGGAAGCAAUUCACUCUAAUAGGAAUUAUCAGAGUUCAUUGGAAGCACAGGGUAGAAUGCUGUUAUGUUAUAAGAGGCAUUUGAUUGGUAGAAUGCUGUUAUGUUAUAAGAGGCAUUUGAUUGGUAGAAUGCUGUUAUGUUAUAAGAGGCAUUUGAUUGGUAGAAUGCUGUUAUGUUAUAAGAGGCAUUUGAUUGGUAGAAUGCUGUUAUGUUAUAAGAGGCAUUUGAUUGGUAGAAUGCUGUUAUGUUAUAAGAGGCAUUUGAUUGGUAGAAUGCUGUUAUGUUAUAAGAGGCAUUUGAUUGGUAGAAUGCUGUUAUGUUAUAAGAGGCAUUUGAUUGGUAGAAUGCUGUACCUUUAGAUGUGCUUUAUGAAACACUACGAGACCUUUAUUCUAAAUGGAAAUCAUUGUGUGAAUAACUGUUUGCCUAUAUGUUUGUAGUCUCACUUAGACUGCAUGAAUGAUACAUUUCUUCCACCUCCCUGAAAGUAGAGGUAUGAGGUGUUUCCUGUUUAUUAAACAGAACAAUCCAUCCCUCUGUUCUGCUUCCACACAGCUCCUAGCAUCCAAACCCAGGGUCCUCCUAUAGUUGAUAAAAGCAUCUGAUAAAUUACAUUUUUAUCUAAAGCAACUUGCAGAGACAAAAGGUUACUCUAAUCAAUGUGAAAUUCCAACCCACAUUGUCUUCUAGAGUUGGGGUUGUGUACUACAUCUUCUGCCUGUCUCAUCCUGCUUCCUUGUUACCCUACUCUAACAGCCCGGACAGAGACCAAUGUCAUAUAGCUGGACAUCACUUCAGCUGUUAUCCAAUAACUGUUAUCCAAUAACUGUUACUCAGUGCUACGCUCCUCUACUUCUAUGUUCAUGGUCAAUUAACUAUUUGAUUCAAUUAAAAUGUCAACAUUCAUUAGUAUGUGUCAAUCCAUGUCAUGGUUUAUGUCAUGCAUAUUUGUACUAUUGUGUAACUAGUAGAAAAUAUAUCAUAACUUUAUAAUUGACUGUGAUUAAAUGUAUACAUCUAUGCUGUAUCUGAAGCACACAGGUUUGUGGACAAUAGGAUGUUCCCUGUUUGUCUCUACCGUUCAAAAUGUUGGGGUCACUUAGAAAUGUCAUUGUUUUUGAAAGAAAAGCACAUCUUUUGUCCAUUAAAAUCAUUGAUCAGGAA